GGAGCAAAAAAGAGGCGCAAACUGGCUUAUGGGGGGCAGGGAUGGAUGCGCCUCCCCAUCGCGAACCUAUAAAACACGGACCAGCGCCUCGCAUUCCCUCUUCCUCUUCGUGUCCUUAGGCAGCUCCAUUUAUUGAAGCUCGCAAAGUAUACACCUCCAUACCCCACCUGAUUUUCAAGAUGACUUGGCUCACCACCACCCUCCUCGCGCUCGUCUGCGCCUCCGCCCUCCUCACCCCCGUCCUCGGCGACGCCAACGGCGGGGGAGGCAGCGCCUCCCUCGGCGUCGCCAAGCAACGCCGUCUCUGGCGCCCCCAACCUGCCUCCAGUCUCCGCCGCCGCGCCGAACAGAUGAAAUUCUCCAAACUCUACAACGGGCUCUACUACGGCCACUUUGAGGUCGGCUCACCGCGCCAAGGGUUUGACGUGAUGGUGGACACGGGCAGUUCGGAUUUUUGGCUGAACUGCAAGAAGGGCAAGACGGUUACCGAUAGGAAGUUUUUUUACCCCGAGGCGUCUAGGACGAUCAAGAACGCGAACAAGACGACUGAGAUCAAGUACGCUGAUGGGACCCGAAUUGUCGAACGGUGGUAUAAGGACGUGGUGAUCAUCGACGAUAAAGGCACCGACGUGUACUUUGCGUGCGCGUUUGAAGACGAGAACCCCGAUUUCAGUCCCGCGGAUAUGGCCGAGGGCACGAGCGGGCUGAUCGGGCUCGCGUGGCCCGAGACCUCGACCGUGCCGUACGACCCGCCCUUCCAAGCGUUCCUGAAGGCGAAGAAGUUUGCGAGCGGGGUGUAUGGGCUUUACCUCGGCAGCGACGCCAACUCGACCGACGGGGAGCUUCGUCUAGGCAGCUACAACGAGAAUCUGUUUAAGAAGAACGAUCUGGCGUGGAACCCCGUCCCGCCCGAGUUCAACAGCACCACCCCGCGGCACUGGAAUAUCUACGUCGACCAGCUGACGGUCGGGAAGAAGACGUUUGCGUUCAAACGUGGCGCCGCGCCGAGUACCGCCGGCACGGCAUUGUUCGCGCUCGAUUCCGGGACCAGUUUCUACGGGUUCACCUCGGACAUCAUGGCCGAGCUGAUCCGGGUCACCAACGCGACCGAUUUCUCCAACAACUUUGACGGUGGUUACGGCGUCGACUGCAAGCAGCGCAAGAUCGCGCCGCCGUUGGUGUUCACCAUCGGCGGGAAGAAGUACACGAUCGAGCCGCAUGAGUGGAUCGGGUACGACCCCGACAAGAUCGUGAUCCCCGGUUGGACGUGCUACUUGCAGCUGUACGAUUUGGGCGAUUACUAUGUCCAGAUUUUGGGUGACCCGUUCUUGCGCAAGUACUACUCUAUCUAUGAUUUUGAUAAGAAGCGUACGGGGCUUGCGCUCGCUGUUCCGCCCAAGAAGUAGGUGCUACUUCUAUUCCCCCCAGACCCUCCACAAUACACGCACCGGAACGGCGACUGGAUGUGACCUUGAGCGCUCAUGCACCCUCUUUGGAUCAUCCAGAUUCAAAAUUCAUAACCCAUGGGGGAAAUCGGGUUCCGGGGAGGGCA